AUGGAUCAGUAUGACGUGCUCGGUGUCAAUUCAUCAUCUUUGUCUCGUCACGAGAAGACAGCUGAUCCGAGAAACACAUUGAUCCCUGCCUCAGAGUUCCGUGAACGUUGUCUUCACGUGCGUCAUAUUUACUGCAACAGCACUCUGUUGAUGGCCGUUAACUAUCAUGAACUCUAUAACGAUUCAAAAACAUUCGUCGAUAUGCCGAUGAAGAACGAUCCAGAUUAUGUGUUGGAAAAGUUCAACGAAGAAUUUUCAAAUAUCUCUGUUGAGGCUAUCAACCGAACAAAACUUCAGCAAUUCGUGGAUACCUAUUUUAGCCCUCCUGGUAGUGAAAUGUUACCGUGUACACCUGAGGAUUGGAAUCCACAACCGGCUAAAUUAAUGUCUAUAGUGGAUCCACAAUUGAGGGAAUGGGCGUUGAAAUUAAACGCAAUAUGGAGGAGUCUCUGUAAAAAAAUCGAUCCCGCCAUUGAAAACAGCAGUUCUCGUUACUCGCUGAUCUAUCUGCCACAUAAUUUUAUUAUGCCUGGAGGAAGAUUUAGGGAAUUCUACUACUGGGAUGCUUAUUGGAUUAUAAAGGGUCUUAUCACAUGUGAAAUGUACAACACCACUAAGGCAAUGAUAGAAAAUCUCGGGUCACUUGUUGAACGAUUCGGUUUUGUGCCUAACGGUGGUCGUGUAUACUAUCUACAACGAUCCCAACCACCAUUACUUGCUGGAAUGCUCUACGAAUACUACGAGGUCACAAAGGAUAAGGAUUUCGUCCAGAAAAUGCUACCGAUCCUAGAGAAAGAGCUUUCUUUCUGGAACAACAAUCGUAUGACAACAGUAUCCAUAAAAGGUACGGAUUACCUGGUAUAUCGAUACAACACCAGGAGUAAUAUGCCGCGUCCGGAAUCCUACGCUCAGGAUAUAAAGAAAGCACAAACUGUGCAGGACAAAGCACAGUUCUGGCAGGAUAUCGCCAGCGCUGCCGAAUCUGGAUGGGAUUUUUCGACAAGAUGGUUCAGCGAUCAUAAAACGAUUUACACAGUGGAGACAAAAAAUGUGUUACCCGUGGAUCUGAACGCUUUUAUUUGCUGGAAUUUGGAUAUUCUGGAGUAUUUGUUCGAGAGAAUAGACGAUCAAGUAAAAUCCGAAUUUUAUCGUGAAACUCGUGCAAAGUUCCGUCACACCGUUCACAAGGUCUUCUAUAAUCGAACCGCUGGUUCAUGGUUUGAUUAUAAUCUUCGUACUGCUUCGCAUAAUACAGCUUUCUACCCUUCGAUAACUGUUCCGUUAUUUACCGGAUGCUACAAUUCAUUGAAUCAGGGAAAAUCUGAGCGGUUAUUCACACUCAUGAAGAGCAUCGGCGUCUUCGAUUAUCCGGGCGGUAUCCCAACAUCAAUGAUCAGUGAUAGUGAGGAACAAUGGGAUUUCCCGAAUGGAUUCAGCCCCCUGAAUCAUAUGGUCGUUGAAGGAUUAAGGAAGAGUCAAAAUGCUCAAAUGCAAGACGCUGGAUAUCAAUUAGCGAAGAAAUGGAUAAUGGGCAACUUUAAGGUGUGGAAGGAGACGAAUCAUAUGUGGGAGAAGUACAACGUAAUUGGCGACUAUCCACGCCCGGGUUCAGGUGGAGAAUACGAUGUUCAGGAUGGUUUCGGUUGGACAAAUGGAGCUAUCCUUGAUCUACUUGUGACCUACAAUCAUCGAUUACAUGUUUGA